AUGGCAAUUGCAAACAAGAUGAGUAUCCAUGGCGAGAAGAUGGAAGACGUGACCAUUGUAGAAAAGAUCCUGCGAUCUAUGACUACAAAGUUUGAUUACGUUGUGUGCUCCAUUGAGGAGUCAAAUGACGUUGAGAAGCUUUCAAUUGAUGAGCUACAGAGUUCCUUGCUUGUUCAUGAGCAGAAGAUCAAUCGGAGUACAUUUGAGGAACAUGCGUUGAAAGUUUCAACAAAUAGUGAUUCUCCGGUAGUAAGAGGUCGUGAUGGUCGUGGACGAGGACGUGGUAGAGACGGCAACCAUGGAAGAGGUCGAGGUAGCAGAGAUGGGAACAAAUCCAAUGAUGAUUCCGGCAGCAAAAACACUCAUGAUUCCAGUAGUAACAGUAGAGGCUAUUAUAAUUCUGGAGGCAAUAGCAGCAGAGGCCGAAGGCAGUCAUAUAAUCAUGAUUCGAAUGUCGACAAAUCAAAUGUCGAGUGUUUCAGGUGUGGCAAUUAUGGUCAUUACAGGUUUGAAUGUUACACAAAUAUGAAUAAAGCAAAGGGUGCAAGGGCAAAUUUUGCAGAGAAAGAGAAAGAAGAUGACGGGGCUAUUCUAAUGGUGUGUCAAACCAUGGAAAAACCACAAAAGAAUGUGUGGUACUUGGAUACAGGUUGCAGUAAUCACAUGUGUGGAGAAAAGUCAAUUUUCUCUACCUUAGAUGAAAGUUUAACAACUACAGUAAGAUUUGGAGAUGACAACAAAGUUUCUGUUUUGGGAAAAGGAGAUAUCAAAAUUUGGGCUAAAGAUAACACUGUCCAUACUAUCUUUAGUGUUUUCUUUGUUCUGAGUUUGAAGAGCAAUUUACUGAGCUUGGGACAACUGCACGAAAAAGGGAUAUGA